UCGCGCCCCGCCCGUCCCGGCCGCUUGUCAGAGCCUUGUCACUACGUUAUCACUACUUGUCCGUGUUGUCAAUGUGUGUCGGUGCGCGUAGUAACCCCUGCAGCAUGCAGUGGGCCUGCAGUGCCGUGCAGUGCAAGCGUGCCGGCCGCAGUGUUUGCCGUUUGCCCGUGCCGGUGGUGCCGGCCCGUGCCUUCUCCAAACAAGAGCUUACCGCGGACUCGGACUCGGCCCCGCGGGUCAAGGAUGAUGGCGACUUCAGCCUUGGCGUCCUGCCUGGCCAACGGCCUCGGGGCGCUGUGCGACCCGACGGCCAGCCCGCCCUUCUCCAGCUGGGGCUUCAGCAGCGGGCUCAACUCCUCGGGAUCAUCAAUUUACGGCUCCUCGCCGUCGACGGGGUCCAGCAGGGAGCCGAGCAUCGGGUCGAUCGGCUCCAUCGACCUGCAGGAGAUGCUGCAGGCCCUGAACGGCGACUUGCUGGACGCCGACGUGGACGCCACCUGCCGAAACUGCGAGAGACUGCCCGUCGCGCGAUGCUCCGCGUGCAACACGGUGCUGUGCAAACCAUGCGCGGGUUGCCAUCACUCGGACCACGUGCUGAUUCGAGUGGAGGACGGGCUGCCCUUCAACAUGGCGGUGCCGCCGCCGUGCCUGCCCAAGCCGCCCAUGCACCUGUCCAUGGCAGUGACGAGGCCGCCGUCGGUACCUCCUUCGCUCACCACCAGGGCGCCGCCCCCCAGCUCCAGGCCGGCGGCCAGGCAGGCCCGCAGCCCACCGACCCGGAUGGCGGUGCUGCCCCGGGCCGCCGCCCUCUGCGAGGUGCACGCCGGGGAAGUCCUGGUUUCGUACUGCGAGACCUGCAGUGUGGGGACCUGCUCAGCGUGCGCGGCGUCCGCCAGCCACGUCGGCCACACCCUGGCUCAGCUGACCGUCGUCAAGGGCGUCACCGAGAAGUACCUCCGGGACGCGACGGCGGGGGCACAGGCCGCGCGGGAUCACCUGGAAAGGAACUCCGGUGUCGCGGCGGCCGUGGAGGCCAAGGCGAUGCAGGUGGCUUCGGACAUCCGCUGCUGCACCCGCCAGAUGGUGGCGGCCAUCGAGGCGCGGGAGCGGCAGCUGCUCGCCGACGUCCAGGAGAUCGCCAGCCUCAAGGCGAGGUCGCUGCAAGUGCAGGCGGACGUGCUGCGCUCCCUCCACGAGCGCUACGUGAGGCUGUCCGAGUCCCUGCGCGACACCCUCGCCCUCGGCCAGGGCGUCGACGUGGUGCACGCGCGGGACAAGGCGGCCGUGGAGCUGGCCCAGCUGCGUGCGGCCAAGGCCAACAACACCGGCCGGCCCUCGCAGCAGCCCUACGAGGACGAGACGAUCACCUUCACGCCGCCGGAGCCCAUCCUCAGCAAGGCGCUGACGUCCAUGGGCGCAGUCUCCAGCUCGGGCUACGCGCUGUCGAGCGUGGCCGCCGGCGAGGGGCUGACGCGUGCCGUGCGGGGCCGCCCUGCCGCCUUCACGGUGCACGUCAAGUCGCACCUGGAGGCCUCCGUGCCGGUGGUGCCCGGCGAGCUGGACGUGGUGCUGGUGGCGCCGGAGGGCGGUGCCAACGUGCGGGGCGACGUGGAGGACCGCGGCGACGGCACGGCCGUGGUGGUGUACCGGGCGCGCGCCGAGGGGCUGCACGCCCUGCACGUGUUGCUGCGCGGCCGCCACAUCGUGGGAAGCCCCUUCUCCGUGGCGGUGAGGCCGCCCCGGUCCUACGACGGCGUGCGCGCGGCCUCGGCCACCAUCGGCGGCGAGGGCAGCGAGGAGGGCCGCUUCCUGCGCCCCUGGGGCGUGUGCUGCGACCGCCAGGGCCGCAUCAUCGUGGCAGACCGGUCCAACAACCGCAUCCAGGUGUUCGGCGCGGACGGCAAGUUCGCCUUCGCCUUCGGGUCUCAGGGCACCGCGCCGGGGCAGUUCGACCGGCCCGCCGGGGUGGCCGUGGACCUCGGCGGCCGCAUCGUCGUGGCCGACAAGGACAAUCACCGGGUUCAGAUAUUUGAUCCUGAAGGGCGCUUCAUCAAGACUUUCGGCCAGUGUGGGGCCCAAAACGGGAACUUCAACUACCCCUGGGACGUGGAUGUGAAUGGCUCCGGAGAGAUCGUGGUGUCGGACACCCGAAACAAUCGCAUCCAGCUGUUCUCUCCGGAGGGCACAUUCCUCCGCAAGUACGGCUGGGAGACCACCACCUCAAUGUGGCGGCACUUUGACACCCCUCGCGGAGUGGCGUUUAACCGCGAUGGGUACGUCAUAUGUACCGACUUCAACAACCACCGGUUGGUGGUGGUGGAGCCCUCCUUCCGGCACGCCCGCUUCCUGGGGGGCGAGGGGUCGGGCCCGAAGCAGUUCCAGCGGCCCCAGGGCGUGGCGAUUGACGGCGACAACAACAUCAUCGUCGCCGACUCCCGGAACAACCGCGUGCAGGUGUUCGAGGGCAACGGCAUCUAUCGUUGCCAAAUCGGCCUGCCCGUGGAGAUGGACAGGCCCUCCGGCGUCUGCGUCACGCCGGAUGGCAAAAUAGCUGUUGUGGAUUUUGGUAAUAAUAGAGUGUUGUUACUUUAAUUUGAUGACCAUUUUUUUGAAUUUUUCAAAUUUUUCAAUAUUGACUAAAUUUUAAAUUUUAAGAACGUGAACUGUAUCUCAGUUUUAAUUUGCAUUUUGUGAACCAAAGUCGAUGAACCAUUUCCAAAUUUCCCUAUGUAAAUAGAUUGAAUUCUCUGCCACUUAUUGGACCAUUUGCCUUUGUUAAAACAUGACAACUCUUUUUGCUGCACGCUGUUUCUCUCAGCUUCUUAGGAAGUUGUUGAUUGAGCCUUAGGUAUGAGUAUGUGUGUGUGUAGCUUGUGAUGAACUUUUUUUUUCUGAGAUGUGAUGAUUUGAUAUCCUGUUUGGAUUGAAAAAUCCUAUUUGUACAUUGUAGAUUUUAAGACUGCUACGAGCAACCCUUUCCUGUUUUGAAAGGAUUGCUGUGUCACUUGUUUCUUUUCUGCAAAUGAUAAGAAUUUGAGAAAGGUUUUACUCUUAUCAAAUUUUGUGUCCUUUUCAGAGGCUGUCUGCUUUAUAAGACUGAGUUGGCAAAGAUAAAGUUUUGUUGCCUUUGAUCACCUCCAAUUUUCAUGAAGACUGAGUAAGACUGAUUGCUGUUCCAAUUUAAUGUAGUUGUUGUAUUUCAUUGUGUCUUAUCCAAGUCUUCUGUGGAGAUAGAACUUCAAUCAAUUUUCUGGAGACCUCGCCCUCUAAUUACCUAAUUUCUACCUCAGUAUUUUGUAAGUAAAGGUGUUCCAUUCAAACAUCAUUUGACUGAGACACAAUUUAUUAUUAUUAUUAUUUCAGAAAUGCCCUUCACGAGGGAUAAUGUCUUGUUAUUAAUUUCUGAUUUUUAUCAAUCAACUUAUGUGUGUCCUAUCCAAACUUAAAGUUAAAAUUAAGUAACAAAGAAGGGUAACUUCAACUUUCAGUGAUACAACUGGUCCACCUUAAUGUUAACUGUAAGUUAGGAAAUUUUAGUUCAUUUUAUUUAUUUGUUUCUCAAGUUUGACAAGACUAAUAGACUAUUGGCUCUUUGUGUUUUACUCUAUCACACAGUUAUCAAAAAAACAAUUUUUUUGUUUUAAACUUUGUAUUUUCUGUUUUGAUUAGGGUUGAGUAUUUUGUUGUCAACUUGGAGUAUUUUAUUGGAAACUUUUAGUUCCUUCAAGUAUGUUGAUUUUAUUGACAUUUUGAUCCAUUUUAGUAAGCAUUUGUGUGAACAUUGUUAUUAAGAUGUUAUAGCUGUGUAAUGACACAUUUUGUUUAUUUGUUUAGUUUUAAGUGGUCAUGCACUCAGUGCUAAUUUUAUGUAGACAUAUGAACCAGCUUGUAGUGCAUUUGGUAAAGUGUCAACCUUGUAUAAUUUGUUUCCGGUGUAUGCGUUUAACGUUUUAAAGCUUUAGAUUUUGACUGCUUGUGUUGGGGAGCGCUGCAAGUCGCUUUGUUGUUUACUUUGCUGUGACUUUAAUUUUCAAACAUGGUAAACUAAGUGCCAUUUGUUCUGAGUAUUGCGCAGUUAAGUUGCCUGCUCAUGUGUGUAAGUGAUAUGAAUGCAGUCAUGAAUCUAGUGUUUCCUCAUGCUGUUGUUUUGCCUGGUGACAAGGCUUAUCUUUUGUUAACUAGAAGGGUCAUAUGCAUUUGACAAUUUACAAAAGUACAAAGGCUAUUUUUAAUUCCUGUAGCUAACUCUUGGAGCAGUUACGUGUUACCUUUUUAAUUAACAAAAGAAUAAAAGAAAAAGUACAUUUUGA